AUGUUGAAGGCUCGAGCCACCGUUUCUCCGUCUCCGUUCCUGUCGUGGUCCACAUGGGCCACGCCGUCGGCGUCCAGCGUGUUCAAGGUCACGUCGGCGGCAACCUCGCAAUACGCGAGCAUCGGAAGCGUGAUCGAUCAGAUGAUGACGGAGGAGAGCGAGGAGUCGGCGAACGCCGAGGAGGAGUACACGCCGUACGAGGAGCGACCGGAAACUUACAUCGUGCCGAUCGUGUUCCUGCUGAUUCUCGUGAUCGGCCUGACCGGGAACGGCGUGCUCGCGCUCACUAUACUGCGGCACAGUAACAUGAGAAACGUUCCCAAUAUUUACGUGAUUAUCACGUGCGUGCCGUUCACGUUCACCGUGUACAUUCUGGACUCUUGGCCUUUCGGGCCUCUGCUUUGCAAGUUUUCCGAGUGCGUCAAAGACGUCUCCGUCGGGGUCUCCGUCUUCACGUUGACGGCGCUGUCCGCCGACAGAUUCUUCGCCAUCGUCGAUCCAAUGAGAAAGCUUCACACCACCGGUACGGGGAGGCGAGCGACGCGUUUCACGGUGAUCGUCGCCGCCAUGAUUUGGCUGUUGGCCAUUAUGUGCGCCAUACCGGGCUCCUUCUCCUACAUCAAGGUUUUCAAAGUGAACAGCAACGUGAGCUUCAGCGCCUGCUACCCGUAUCCAGUGGAAUUCGGGCCGAAUUACCCAAGGACGAUCCUGGUCUGUCGGUUCUUCAUAUUCUACGCGGUGCCGCUUAGUAUCAUUGCUUUCUUCUACAUUCUCAUGGCCAGGCACCUGAUGCACAGCACUAGGAACAUCCCCGGCAAGAUGCUGUGCCAGGUGAAGCAGGUGAAAGCUCGGAAAAAAGUGGCGAAAAUGGUGAUGGCGUUCGUGAUCGUUUUCGCGGUGUGCUUCUUCCCCCAGCACGUGUUCAUGCUGUGGUUUUACAUCUAUCCCACCGCUCAGAGGGACUACAACGCUUUCUGGCAUUACUUCCGGAUUCUCAGCUUCUGCCUGGCUUUCACUAACAGCUGCAUCAAUCCAAUUGCACUGUACUGCGUGAGCAACACCUUCAGAAGAUACUUCGAUAGGUAUCUACUUUGUUGCAUACCGAGGCGAAUCCGCAGGCGACACCGUCGCUCGUCAGACCUGAGCUCACGCCGGGGCCAAAGUUUCUCGCUGAUGAGCUCCAAGAGGUACGACUCUCGACGACAACGAAGCACCAUGCACAUGUCCAUCCUCGGCAACGACACCAAGGCCGGUGUCCCGAUCAAGGAACAGGAAACGACCAUUAGUCUAGCCGCGUGUCCAAAUGGCGUCGAGGACGGGCUGAGAAGUCACCGAAACUCCACGAUAGAGCAACCGAUCGGUCACGAAUGCACGUCAACAGCGUCCAAGGAGUGAACGUAACUCGUUGUCGGUGGAUUUUUCUUGAAAGCAGCGUGCGUGCGUGCGUGCGUGUG